AUGGAUCGUCAAAACAAUCACACAGUAGACAUUCUCAUUGUCGGAAGCGGCGCAGCCGGCUUAGCAGCAGCUGCUACCGCCACAAUCUCUGGGUUGAACACCAUGCUCAUUGAGCAAACCGACAAGAUCGGGGGCACGACCUCCUACUCCGGAGGCACGAUAUGGAUCCCCGAAAAUGAUAUCUCCAAAGAAGCCGGCAUCGAUGACGAUCGCGAAGACGCUGCUCGAUAUCUAGAGGAAGCUCUAACUGCGAACGGAGGCGCUGGGCCAGAGUCCGGCUCUAAACGCAUCAAGGCUUUCCUCGACCAUGGUCCUCGGAUGGUAGAUCUUCUCCGCAGCUCAGGUUUCAGAUGGGAACCCUCCCCUAUCCCCGAUUAUCACCCAGAGAUGAAGGGCGCUAUGGUUAUGGGCGGGCGUACGCUGGACCCGAGUCCUUUUGAUGCUGCGACACUGAAGAGAUGGGCUCAUCACUUACGCGAAGCCGGGCAUUCUGCGCCAGUGACAUACUUUCACGACUUCUGCGUCCUCACGCAACCUUACGCAUCGAUUGUUGACUUCUUUCAAGCCUACUGGAUGCGAUUCCGGGGAUGGGUUCGGAAGAAAAUGAUGGGUAAGCCAACAUCCAUGGGCUGCUCCCUCAUCGCACAACUCCUGGGGAUCUGCCUCCGGAAUGAGAAAGGCAACUUCACGUUAAAGCUCAACGCUACCUUGAAAGAACUUAUCGUCGAAGAUGAAGCCGUGCAUGGUGCUAUCGUGCAGUUAGGAGAUCACGAACAGACCCAGGUUCGGGCUCGCGCGGUUCUUCUCGCCACUGGUGGCUUCGCCCGGUCCGAGGGUUUGCGGAAGGAGCAUUUGCCUCACACGGGUACCGAAUGGUCUUUAACGCAGCCUGACGGCGAUACGGGCGUGGCGCUUAUAGCUGGAGAAAAAGCCCAGGCCGCCACUUCGCUGCUGGGCGAAGCUUGGUGGAUUCCCACGAUGAUCGACCCAGGAAGCGGCAAGCUUACGACAGCCUUAUUUGAGCUGUGCAAGCCUCACUGCAUUGUUGUCGACGACAAGGGAUCUCGGAUUUUCUCGGAGGCUGAUCCGUACGGGGACAGUGGUCGCUCAAUCUACAACCGAUGCUGUGGGGGUGGGUGUGCCUGGCUCAUUCUCGACUGGAACCAUCGUAAGAGAUACACGCUAGGAUCGCUUAGCCCUUGGGCGGAUCCUGUAGAAGCCCAAGAAAAGGAAUAUAUAUAUAAAGCCGACACUUUAUCAGACCUGGCGAGACAGAUCAGAGUGAGUGCGGAAGGGCUCAUGGCCACGGUUGAGAAAUGGAAUCAGAUGUGCAAGCAGGGUGUCGAUGAGGAGUUCCACAAGGGCCAGAGCAGGUAUCACUUGUUCGUAGGUGACCGGCGAGCAAAGUUCCCAAACAUGGGUCCCAUCGAUAAAGCUCCAUAUUAUGCUAUCGCUGUAAGACCUGGCGACGCCGGUACCAAAGGCGGAUUGUUAACAGACGAACAUGCGCGCGUCGUCGAUAAGAACGGGAUUGCAAUCGAGGGGCUGUACGCAGCAGGUAAUGCGUCUGCAUCGGUGAUGGGUGCAACAUCACUCGGCGCGGGAGUCACACUUGGUCCAGCCAUGACCUUCGCUUAUAUUGCGGUACUCCAUAUAGUACGGUGGAUAUCUGGUUCUGGACUCAGCAAUUUCUAA